AUGCAACAAAGAUCGGUGAGAGAUAAGACGGUUUCGGCGUCGUUGGUAGUUGGCGAGAGAAAAGGUAGUGUCAUUGGUCGACGAGACGAGAGAAUAUAUUGCCGCGCUGGCGUCGACGUCGAGAAAGAAAACGGCUACAUGAAUAUCGGGGACUUGCAUAGAGAUAUCAGGGGAGUGAGGAGAAAAUGCGAAUUUGAUUUUCAUUUUUCUGAUAGUGGAAGCAAGCAAAAGUUCACAUCAUCAUCUCCUCCAUGCCAUGUGGUCUUCAAGUAUCUGGUGCCAUUACUAGCUGCCCUGGUCACCAUGCAGUAUCAAUCCAAAGGUAAGGAUCCAUUUGAAGCUCGGCCUAUCAAUAUGUGGUGCUUCUGUAUAGCCACAUCCAUCUACUGCCUCGCUAUGGGAAUAAGAAAUCAAAUUCAAACACCAAAAUACUUGCAAAUACUCUUAAGCCAUGUUAUUCUCGUAGCUGGAGUUCUUUCUUCGGUCUCACUAGGAUCGGUUAUCCUCCCACCACGCUUCCGUGGGCAGCUCAUUAUUUUUGCUGUAUUGGUAUUUUUACCAAUAAUAUUGGCUCGAAAUAUACUCAAGCGUGGAUAUGUUUGGAUCUACAAUGGAGUAACCAAUGUGGCUGCCCUCAUCAUCCCCAAUGUCGUCAUCGGAUGGAACGUGACUGCAGAGCCAAAUCCAUCUCAACCGGCGUAA